UAUCAGAAUAGAAGGCAGACGUACUACAGAGCGUUGAAUUUCAAUAUAGAGUCUCUAUUUACAGGUGGAAUUUCACAAGAGCCCUUCGACACGCAGAAAUGUGUGAUGCCAUAAAAAAUGUGGCAAUAUUCGGCAGCACGGGGAUGACUGGGUCAGCGACCUUGCCUAUUGCAGUGGCCGCUGGUUACAAUGUGACUGUGCUGGUAAGAGACCCUGCAAGGCUUCCUCCAGACCACAAGGCCUUCCGUGUGGUGGCGGGAGAUGUGCUGAACAAAGAUGAUGUUAAGAAGACACUGGAGGGUCAGGACGCAGUCAUCAUUAUUUUGGGGACAAACAAUGAUCUUGGUCCCACAACGAUGAUGUCUGAGGGAACACGGAACAUUCUGGAGGUCAUGAAAGCCCAAGGAAUCCGCAAAGUUGUUGCAUGCAUGUCAGCGUUCCUAUUGUGGGAUCGUGCCAAAGUUCCUCCUCGCCUGGUGCCAGUCACUGAAGAUCAUGACAGAAUGUACAAUGUCCUGAAGGAAUCAGGACUGGACUAUACAGCUGCAAUGCCUCCUCACAUUGCUGGUGACAAGCCUCUGACUGAAAAAUACAUUGCGACUGAGAACAUGUUAAAAGGAAGAGUUAUCUCCAAAUUUGACCUAGGCCAUUUCUUUGUCAAGUGCCUCUCCACUUCUGAAUGGGAUGGAAAGACAGUUGGAGUUUGUGGAGAAUAUAGCUAAUCUAUCAAGGCCGCCUUAUUUUUUUUUUUAACAUCAGAAAAUAUGCAGGCCAGCAUUAAAUGUACUAUAGAUAAUCAAAGUAAUAAUUUUUUCAAACAUUUGGUGUUUUAUAGAUAUUUGCAUAGUGACACAUACUUUUUUGUCUAUUCGAUCAAAAUAAGCACAAGCAUUUACAGAAACAUUGUUUAUUGGACAAAAUAACUGGCAACCUUUUGUGUUUGUUUUUCCUUAAAGCAGUGGUUCUCCAUUUUUUUGGUCACCCCCUUUGAAACAAGAAAAGGUUAUAUACUUUAUAUAGUAUAUACUUUCAAUACAUACAAAUUGAUACUGCUGCAGGACAAACUGUUGAAGACAUUUUACACUGGAUAGAAUAGUUUUAAUAAAAAUGGACUUGAGACCAACGGGAGUUUUCCCAGUGGGCUACUAGGUAAUUUGCGCUGGCCAACUGCUAUGCAAGUACCAAACCGUCCUACAGGCAAAAUAGGCACCUGCCCUAGGUUCUAUAAUGCCCGUGUGAACCUCAUUACAGAGUGAAAAUUCAGUUAAAUCCAUAAGGCUUUUAUGGCUUUUGGCUUUUUUUAUUGACACAAUUUUAUUUUGAAAUAAUUAAACAACUUUUAUUUUUAAAUUACUUUCACAUUGUAGUGCAUUUCCAUUUGAAGGAAUUAACUCUGUACCUCCUGUGGACCAAAUUUUUUUGACAUACAAAUCACAACAAUGGUGACAACCAAAGACAAUAUAUCAAGUAUAAGUUGAGCUCUAAAUAAUCACAAAAUGACAAAUAACUGCAAGUUAAAACAAAUACAAUAUCAGCAGCAUAUACAAAAUCUGCAAACAGUAGAGCUAUGGGCAGUACAUAGUCAUUUUAUAAUUUAUUCAUAAUGCAAAGCAUUUCUGAGAGCUGAAGUGCAGCUUGCUGAAUAUUGCUUACGCCUGAUAAAAAUGCAGAAAAUAAGAUUACUUUGUGGCAAUUUGAGUCUUUGAGGCUUACUUUGUUUAAAGGACUAUAGAAACAGCACUUGUAAAGGCAUAGGCUUUUCACUUUUUCUCAAGAAUAAUCUGGAAGGAAAUAAACACUGCAGAUAUAAAGAUGCAACAAACUCACAUUGAGAGAAAAUAUGAGCAAUUCAUCUGCAAAGAUCUACACUUUAAGAGGUAUGUUUAUUAUUUUGGCAUAUCUUUAUAUUUGUUUAUAUUUAUAUGUGUACAUAUUCUGGCUAACUUUGUUUUCAUUGAUUUUUUAAAAAUAAACAUUUACACAUAGUUAAGUGGGUAAUUGACAUGAAAUUUGAAGCAGUGUCAUCAGUGUCCUGCUGUAUGAUGCAUAAUUUUAUGAUCUUUUAUAACUGUUUAUACAUGUAUAAUAAAUUAUUAUUAUACUUGUUUCCACAACCUCAAAUUAACUAGGACAAUAGUUUAUUUGUACAUUUAGAAAACAGUUGAAAGGUGAUUAAGAUCUUUAAGAAAUGCUGACUUGUUACUGCACAUUAAAUACACUUAAAUACAUUUUCCCUUGAAUUUUCAAGUACAUUUUUACCUAACCAUUUUAGUAUGUUGGGAAAAACGUUUUCGGACAUGUUAUUUGUCUGAGCUAUAAAGUGCUUAUUUUGAAUGCUUUCUCUAAAAGAAAAAAAAAAAAUCCAGUUUCAAAUGUUUUAAAGUUAUGACAAUUUUUGCACUGGUGGGGCCCGAUGUCAUGAUUGGCAGUCAAUAGAAAUAUUUUAGUUUGGGUUUUUUUUACACAAAAAUUUAGCCAGAAAAUGAAAUAAAUGAGCUGGUGUGUUACGGGCUGGGUUUGGUGCGCCGCUCUGGGCCAGAAAGUCCAGGGCCACUUUUUAGUCCCAUUCUGCCCCUGGCUCCUACAAUGCCUCAGCACCCUACUUAUGGGGCACACCCCACACUUUGAGAACCACUGCCUUAAAGAAAGACUGAAUCUUUGUUAUUGGCCAAGGAAUGUCAAUGUAUUUUGUUU